AUGGAUUUCCGAAAUAUAAAUAUGAUGAAUUUUUGGAUGAACCUGAUCUCGGGCAAUCUCCUACCAAUGACCAGCGACAACUCGUCGUUUCCACUUUUCUGGAAGCUACAUGGCGUCCUCGCUUGGUCAUUCGUGAUGGUUUACGCGUGCGGCUUGAUAUCUGGCUGCGUCUUUAUGCCGGGAGAGAAAGCCUUGACGGACGGCAUGAUCAGCAUGGUUAUUAUCAUAGAAGUGUCUGUGAUGAUCAUGCGAAUUCACACGCAGAAGACGUUGGUGCAGGAAUUGAUCCAAAAACUGAACGACAAUUUGUGUAUUCAGGAUGAGAUGAUGCAAGAUGUUCUGACGACGACCCUGAAGUCGAUGAAAGCUCCGUUACAGUUCUACUGGGUCGUCGGCGCGAUCGGAAUCUGCAUGUGGUGCUGCGUACCGUUACCAUUGGCUUUACAGAAGAACACCUUCUACUACGUAGAUUUGAAGUCGCCAGUGGUCUAUUACAAAGAACCGUAUUCUACAGUGGUUUUUCUGCUGAUCAAUAUAGUGGUAUUAUUCAACAACAUGUAUCUUUUCUUCAAAAAAGUCGCCGUGGAUGUAUACAUGACUCAUCUGAUCACGCCACGGUAA